AUGUUUAUACAAUCUGAGAAAAAGAAAAGGUUAACUCUUGAUGUGAUUGGUCUGUUAGAAGAUGAUUUAGAAGCUGAUGAGUUGAAUUACGACAAGUGGAGUAAAUUGAUAAAACUUGCUCUUGUAAAAGAUAAAGAAGAGCAGGUAAGAAAUAUUUUCACGAAAUACUUGACCAUCUUUAAGUUUGAUGGCCAGCAGUGGUGUAAUUAUAUCAACUAUGAGCUAAAUAGAGGUGAAUUUAAGAAGGUUGAAUCUUUAUUUCAAAAAUGUUUUCUGAUUACCCAAAGUGUGGAACUUUAUCGCUUGUAUGUUUCAUAUGUUCGUCGUGUAAACGAUGUGAUUACGGGUGGUGAAAUGGCUAGAGGAAUCGUUAUUCAAGCUUUCGAAUUUGCCGUAAGCAAAGUUGGAAUAGACAUUACGAGCAGUCCUCUUUGGAAAGAUUAUUUAGAUUUCUUGAAAUCGUGGACUCCUGCGGCGACCUGGGAACAACAGCAAAAAAUUGACUUGAUUAGAAAAGUAUACAAGAGAUAUUUAGUGAUACCUACCGAGAAUAUCGAAUCGCUGUGGUCUCAAUAUACUAAAUGGGAGAAUGAAGUUAAUUCUUCAACUGCUAGCAAAUUUAUUUCGGAAAAGUCUGCAGAGUUUAUGCUUGCCAGAUCAUGGAAUACUGAAUGGCAUAAUGUGACAAAAAGUCAAUUGAUUAGGACAAUCGUACCUCACGGGAUUGAAAAUACCUUAACUCAAAACCAAUUAACAUUAUGGCAUCAGUGGUUGGACCUCGAGCGAAGAAACAGUUUACAGAUCAAAGAUGAGUCUUUGCUAAAACAAAGACUAGAAUAUGUAUACAGACAAUCAACUAUGUCUCUAGUUUUUGUGCCCGAAGUAUGGUUUAAGUUUAGCAACUUUUGGUUGUUAGAUAAUGAAGAUGCGAAUCUUAAUAAAUGCACGAGUUUACUCACGGAUAGCCUUACAAUAAAUCCAAAAAGCUUACUAUUAACAUUUCAGUUAGCUGAGCUUUACGAAAAAGACAACGACUUUGAAAAGUCUAAGGAAGCCUAUGAGACGCUCGCACGUGUCCUAGUGAAAGAUUACGAUCUAUGCAAUGAGCAAAUCAAAGAACUUGAGGGUAAAACAAAAAAGGUAAUUAGCAAUGGAACCGGAGAUGAUCAAGAUGCUGAUGAUGAUGAUGAUGAUGAGGACCAAGAUGCUGAAAUAGAAUCUAAUGAGCCAGUUUUCCAAUUCUCGGAAGAUGAUGCCAAAACGUUAAUCUCAUUAUAUGAGGAAGAGAAGGUAACCAUUAGGUCCAUUACAUUGGUUUAUUCAAAAUUAAUGAUGGCUUCCAAGAGAUCCCAGGGAAUGAAAGAGGCUAGAGGAAUUUUCAAACAGGCUCGUGAACAUUUUAAGCCAAUUGGACAUGAAAUAUAUGUGCAAAGUGCAUUGAGAGAACAUUAUAGUGAUAAUAAAAAAUCCGCACUCAAAAUCUUUGAGUUAGCGUUGAAGUAUUUCGGGACAAACGGAGAAUUUUUGAUGUCUUAUUUGACUUAUUUAAUCAAUGCCAAUGAUGUCGAUAAUGCAAGAAAAUUAAUUCAAACCGCAGAUGCGAAUAUCUCGAAAGAUGUGACUCAACUAAAGGAACAAAUUGCAUCUCCUGAUUUGAACUCAUUUUAUAAGCAAUUGAAGCAGCAUGAAAUCAAUAGUAAGAAAGUCUAUUUAAGAAAGUUAUACAAGGCAUACAUUUCAUAUGCCUUUUGCUAUCUUUCUUUGGAUGUUGCUAAUAGCUUUGCUAAUAGAUAUCAGCAACUAUUUCCAGAGGACGAUCCAAUAGACCUAUUUAGUGAUAGAUAUCGUAUUGACAACAUGAAUUUGAUCAAGCGUUUAGAGUUAGCCUCAACUGAAAGUGAGAUUUCGGACGAUGAGCCAGUGCCCAAGAGAAGAAAAGUUCAGAACUCGGAAAAUGUAGCAUUUGAGUCUUCAGGUAGCACUCAGACUAAUAACAAUAAUUUCAGCCUACCUCCUAUUCCCGGAACCCAGACUACUCAACAUGGCUUCGUUGGCAGCAACAUAUACAACCUUCUUAGGGUCUUACCUAAUGCUUCGUAUUUUGGUACAUCUUCAGAUCAUGUUUUCGAUGCAGGUAAGUUAAUAGAACUAUUUACAAAUCUUCCGAAUACUACUGUGGAUUAA